AUGAUUCCCUCAAUCCCUAGACUCGAGGACUACGGACUCUCGGCAAACUACGGCUUUCUACCUGAACACCCACCGUUGGCACGCCUCGAAGAUCCCUACUAUGCACCUUGGGAGGCCCUUCUGGAGAUUCUGGAAACUUUGAUCAAGACUCAAAAGGUCCGGGAAUGGGUCAACGCCCUCCCCGUGCUCACCCCGGACAGGUUGGUUUCCGAGGCGGAGCAGAGGAGGGCAUACAUGAUGUUGGCCUUCAUGUCCCAUGCGUAUAUUUGGGGAGGUAUUGAUGCAUGCGAGGUUUGUGCUCCCAUUAUUUGCUGUCGGUGCAGGGUCUCCGGCGCUGACUUUUUUGACUUAGUGGUUGCCACCGGCGAUAUCCAUUCCCUUCCUCGGCCUCUCGGAGACGUUACAAAUUCCCCCGGUUGCAACAUACGCUGCCGUUUGUCUUUGGAAUUACGGCCUCCGAGAUCUCGAUGGGCCGGUCGACGACCCGGAGAAUUUGGAAUCGCUUCUGACUUUUACGGGGACGGAGGAUGAGGCUUGGUUCUACCUCAUUUCUGUUGCCAUCGAAGCUCGAGGAGCGCCUACAAUCCCACUCAUGUUGGAGGCUAUGCGAGCCGCACGUGAUGACGACAUCCGGACGGUAAAGGAUUGUCUGAGAAUAUUCUCGUCUCGCAUUGAGGAUCUUACGCUACUGCUGAAACGCAUGUACGAGAGAUGCAGGCCACACGUUUUCUACUUUGGGAUCCGGCCCUUCCUGGCCGGAUCAAAGAGGAUGGCGGAGGCAGGACUCCCAAACGGCGUCUUUUACGACACCGGGAGUGAUGGCGACUGCUAUCGGGAGUACUCUGGUGGAAGUAAUGCGCAGAGCUCAUUGAUACAGGCUUUCGAUAUCAUUCUUGGGGUUGAGCAUUACCCAACGGGUCAGAAGAAGGAUCCCACCGUAUCAAGUCUAGAGGGCACUGCCCCUCCGCCAAAACACAAUUUCAUUCAGGUUCAUACUCCUUGUCUACAUUCUGGCGGUAGCGGUAAUAACGCUUUAAUAGGAAAUGAGAAAGUAUAUGCCCGGCCCUCACCGCCGGUUUUUGGAACACUUGUGCCUUAUCCCCAACAUUCGGACCUGCACCGAAAGCCGGUCGGAUGAUAUCGAGCUGUGCGCCACGUAUAACAAGUGCCUAGGCGCCCUUGAGCAGUUUCGUGCUGCGCACAAGGCGAUAGUGGCCCGCUACAUCAUCGUCCCAGCCGGUCAGGCCAAACAGGCAAAAUUGGAUCCGGAAGCGUCUGGAGCCGUACCAAUUAGGAAUAUUGCUAGUACUAUGGCUUUAGGGUCAGAGAGCCCACCGGCCGGGGGUGGCCACGGGCUUGCCAGCAAUGAGGCGGCUAAGAACGGACUUAAAGGCACAGGGGGAACUCGGCUGAUGCCCUUUUUGGAACAAUCCAGAGUCGAGACGCUAGCUGCUGCAAUUGGAGAUCGGGUGCCGAUGGAAACCGAGGGCACCACGCGACACCCACCAAGUCCUAACGGAUUUAUUAGGACUUGCAAGGUAAAUGAAUUUGAAGACUACACUCCCCCAGCCAUUGGGAUGGCCGGAUCGUGGGAGGACAGCAGUGAAGUUGGAGGGUUGUGUUCCUAUUAAAUAUUCAUCCCACCCUCCUUUUUUUUCCCCCCCGCUAUCCUAGAGGUCCGAUAUUUGGAGUACAAGGGUUCGAGAUUUGGGUCGUUGCUCCUUUUCUUUUUUACAUACACUGUUGUGCAUCAUAUAGCCCUUUAUCAUCUCAUGUUUGAGGUUCUACUUCCUCCCCUUUCCUUCUUGAAUACCUACACUUUCGGUUUUUCAUGUAUUAUUGGUUUACGGGCGCUGGGUGUUAUUCCUCUCUUUUCCACUUACCACUUUCUCCGGGAUUAUUGGGUGUCAAGGGAAAGAUGCUGACUGGCCUGUUUUGCUGUUUGCUUCGAGGCAAUAUGUUACUAUAUGUGUAUGAAUCUUCUCUUUAUUUUCACUUUUCCUGUCGUCCUCGGGCUUUGGUGGCUGUGAUUUGUGUGCACAUAUGCAUCGCUAUGCGAGUUAUUGGCCCAAGUUAGUUGGAUGUUCCCGGGAGCUAUCGCAGGUUCGCGGAGCUGCUGCACAGAUGCAUGCAACUAUUUUACAUUGGAACCCCG